CUUUCUGAAAGAAAACACACAAUGGGCAUACUUAACGAAGCUAUCCCUUUAAGCCAAUUACGUAUUAAAGACGAUGGUUUACCAACAGAAACAUCCUUUGAACAGAAACGAACUGAAGAUCUUGUAUUAGAAGCUUUUGUACCAUAUGCGCCAAACAAUGUCAAUCGCGAACCCUUGGAAAGUGUACAAUUAGAACGUGCAAAACAUAUUGCCUAUCUCAAACGUGGGUUAACACACUUGGGAAGAUGGAUGGUGGCUCUCGAUGCAAGUCGUCCUUGGUUAAUGUAUUGGAUGUUACAUUCCCUUGAUCUUUUAGAAGAACCAUUGUCUGAAGACAUUCAAACUCGAGCUGUUUCUACUUUAGCAACCUGUCAACAUCCUUCUGGUGGGUUUGGUGGUGGUCCUGGUCAACUACCUCAUUUGGCUACUACUUAUGCUGCUAUCAACACACUUGCCAUUAUAGGGACAACUCAAGCAUACGAGUUGAUUGAUAAACCAGCUUUAUAUCGUUUCUUACUUGAAAUGAAACAACCUGAUGGCUCAUUCACAAUGCAUAAUGGUGGUGAAAUUGAUAUUCGUGGAUCUUAUUGUGCACUAUCAGUAGCGACCUUGACCAAUUUAUUGACCCCAGAUCUGACAGAAAACUGUGGUGAUUUCAUUGCCAGAGCUCAAACAUUUGAAGGUGGGAUUGGACCUUUCCCUGGAAAAGAGGCUCAUAAUGGAUAUACUUUUUGUGGACUAGCAGCCAUUGAAAUUUUGGGUGAAAUGCACAAGUUGGAUAUGAAUAAAUUGGCAAAAUGGUGUACCGACCGUCAAAUGCAAUUGGAAGGCGGAUUUCAAGGUCGAACCAAUAAACUUGUGGAUGGUUGUUAUUCUUUCUGGGGUGCUGGUGAUUUUCCUUUACUUAACGCUGAAUUGAUACGCCAACAACCUUCACUGCAUGCUACUCAAAAAUUGGAUUAUUUAUUUGAUCGGGAAGCUUUACAAGAAUAUAUUUUACUAUGCUGUCAAUCUGAAAACGGUGGUUUACUGGAUAAACCUGGAAAAGGCGCUGAUCAUUAUCAUACAUGUUAUUGCUUAUCUGGAUUGUCUACUUCACAACACUUGGCAGAAAGAGAUGAAGAAAAGGCUCAAGCUAUUAAAGCCAAAGGUGGAAACCCAUAUUUUGGUGGUCUUGGGUCUCUAAUGUGGAAAUAUUCAAAUGAAUUUAUUGUCGUUGGCGAUCUCGAUAACCUUUUGGCACCAACACACCCUAUUCAUAAUAUUACCAAGAACAAAGUAAGAAAUAUCAUCCUUUAUUUUUAUGGCAAAGAAUUGGAUUCUAUCAUUGACCUGAUACCACUGGAUGAUGAACCUACUCAUUCUGAUGAAUAGUUUAUAUUAUAUAUAUAUAUAUUGAUGUUUAUAGUCUUACUCUUUUUCUUAUAUUUUCUUUUUAGUUAUUGGAAUAAAAAUAACAUAUCACUCUUU